GCACUCCUUGUCUCCUGCGGCUGCGGCUGCGCGGCUGCGGCUGGGCGAUCGAUCUCCAUCACCGCGACCCGCUGCUGCUUCCGCCGCGUCCUCUCCGGCGAUUUUGGGGGAUUUUGUUGCAGAGAAGUUGGUUGAUCAAGAAGUGGAGUGGUGGUGGACAUGGGGCAGAUCCAGUACUCCGACAAGUACUUCGACGACACCUACGAGUACAGGCACGUUGUCCUUCCACCCGACGUCGCCAAGCUCCUCCCCAAGAACCGCCUCCUCUCCGAGAACGAGUGGCGUGCGAUCGGCGUGCAGCAGAGCCGCGGGUGGGUGCACUACGCGAUCCACCGGCCGGAGCCACACAUCAUGCUGUUCCGCCGCCCCCUCACGCAGGAGCAGCGGCAGGAGGCUGCCGCUGCGGCGGCAACCAAGUGACCGCCCCAGGCAGCCAUGGCGGCGGCCGGGAGUCGAGGCAAUUGCUAACUUCUACUCUCGUCUGUUGGCUGGAGUUGGUGUCCACCUUGUGUUCGUGGAAAUGCUCGGGCAGGAACUGGCAUUGCUAAUAGUAGCUUACUGUCUGAUUGUGAUGCUGUUGUGUUACUGCUGUUAAACUGUUAGCUUGUGACAAUCUGAUUUUGUUUAUGCUUAAGUUUGGCUUUGUAUGCUUCUAGUGUCGAUUCUUCUUUUUAUAAUCUUUGGUGCAAGGUAUAACGGGUUGUUAUUUUGUUAAUAACCGGAGCCGGAGGGAAUAAGGGCCCGUUUGUUAGACUUCGAUCUAUCU